ACUGUAGCUGACUAGCUCACUGUCGCCGAAAAAAAUUGUGCGGCCUGGGCACUUUCGAGGGGAUAGAUCAGAAAAAUAGACAUGGAGCACACGACUGCAGGAACAGAAAGAUCCGAGCCCGGAGAUAGCGAACAGGACGAGGAAGAGGAUGUGUACGAGGUGGAGAAGAUUAUUGACAUGCGAGCGGAGGAGGGGGAGGUGCUGUACCGUGUGCGCUGGAAGAACUACACCUCGGAUGAGGACACCUGGGAACCGGAGGCCCACCUGGAGGACUGCAGAGAGGUGCUGCUGGCCUACAAGAAGAAACUGGCAGAGGCCAAGACCAAGAAGGACACGGGGAUGGUGGAGGAAGUGCAGGUGGAGGUGACAGCCAGGGAAGGACCCCCGCAGAAGCUGCCCAUGAAGAGUGACCUGUUUGAUGCUGACUCAGAGAGCGAGGAUGAAAGGCGGGCCACAUCACCCCCCAAGAAGAAGAAAAAGAAGAAAUCGUCCAAGGAGGUUACCAGAGAUCCCUCCCCUGAUUCAUACAGAAGAGAGCGGAGGAAGAAGAAGAAGGAGAAGAAGAGAUGGAAGCAGGACAAGGUUCUGCCGGCACCCGAGUCCGAUGGUACGGAGUCGGAGCAGGAGAAACCCCCGACCCCGUCAUUAAGCCCAUCCCGCAGCCAAAAGAGGCUCAUCGAGUCCGAGGAAGAAGAGGAGUCCCCCGUCUCCCCCAAAAAACAGAAGCGAGACAAGCCCAAAGAGGGGGAAAAGCAGAAGAAAGAGGGUGGAGAUGGCAGAAAGAAGAAGGACCACCGAAAGGAACCUGUGUCCUCUGAAGAGGAAGAGGAGGAGGAGGAGAAGAAGGAAGAGGACGACAACGACAACGAGUCCGCCAGCAUGGACGGGGACCCGAAUGAAACGGCCCAAUUUGACGACGGAUCAGAUAGAAGCCCCGCCCCUGCCCUCACCUCCAAGCCGACACCAGAGAAGCAGCAGGGGGAGGUGGCCGACACAUCCGGGGCCAAUCAGAAGAAAAAUAAGCCCGGGCUCAAGUUGCAGGGCAUCAAAGAUCUCAUCCAGGUGAAGAAGAGGAAGAAAUCCCCGCCCUCUUCCCCAGCCCUGGCCCCGCCCCAACUGAAGCUGAAGAAACUGAUGAGCGGGAAGAGCGCCACGGAGAAGUCUCACGGGCGGUCAUCCCGCGGCGGCGAGAAAGCAGAGACCGCUCCCCUCUCCUCAGACUCCAGCGACGCGCCUCCUACGGGCUCCUUCAGGAAGAAGAGCAAAGGCAAGGAGGAACCCUCCUCCCCUUCCCCAUCCUCCUCCUCCUCUUCCGGGGCCGUCGCCAGGGACGACGAUGCCAGGCCUGACUCUGGGCUUGCCGCUGCUAUGGCCUCAAGUUUAGGCACAAGGGGCAAAGACCUCGCCUCAUCCAGACAGGGAGACAAAGCUGAAAAGGAGCAGCCCGCCUCCACCAACCUGUUUGAGAAGUUCCUGCUACAUUGCGAGGCCAAGGACCGCAUGCCCCGGAGACAGGCGGUCCACUCGUCUGAGAACCGCGGGGACCAGAACAAGACCGGCACGCCAAAGACCUCAGUAAGGCCAGAGAGAAAAACCAGGCCUCCUAAGGAGUCGGCAGCCCUGAAACCGGAGCAGGACAGAACGGAUAAGGUGAAGAGGGACUCUCAGACACCAGAAACCUCCCGGCCAAAACAGAGCCUGCCCGCCCAGGAAACGAAGCCAUCUGAGAAGAAAGAGAGCUUGGACAGCCUGGCAGACAGACGGGCUAAAGUGGACAGUCAGGGAGCGCAAGGCAAGACUAUGGUGGAAAUGGAUAAUGAGAAGAGGGAGGAGUCUCUGGAGAAGGGGCGGGAGUCUCGAGAGAAGAGGGAAGAGCCUAUGGAGAGGGGGCGGGAUUCUAGAGAGAAGAGGGAGGAGCCUCGAGAGAAGAAGGAGGAGCCUCUGGAGAGGGGGCGGGAGCCUCGAGAGAAGAGGGAGGAGCCUCUGGAGAGGGGGCGGGAGUCUCGAGAGAAGAGGGAGGAGCCUCGAGAGAAGAAGGAGGAGCCUCUGGAGAAGGGGCGGGAGGCUCGAGAGAAGAGGGAGGAGCCUCGGGAGAGGCGGGGCAAGCCUGAGGAGGCUCAUGGAAGGCUGCGGGAGAGGAAAGCGACGGAUGUGGCAUCCCCCGAACGGAGGCGAAAGAGAGAGGACAGUGAACCACACCUUUUUGGAGCCUGCGAUGAAAAUCCGGAGCCUCAAGACAGAGCUCCAGACCGAGCUCAAGCUUCCCUCAACCUUGGGGUGGAUAUCAAGCUGGACUGGAUGACAUUAGAGGACUUCCAGAAACACUUAAACGGAGAAGACGAGAUUCUAUCCACUGCCACCAUAACUUCCAAUGAGCUCCGAGACGCAGUGAAAGCCGGAAGCUACCUUGCGGUGAAGCUCGCGCUUGGGUCGAAAGAGGACUACAACCUGGACCAGGAGGACUCGAGUGGGAUGUCUCUGGUGAUGCUGGCGGCCGCAGGUGGGCAGGAUGACAUCCUUCGGGUGCUGAUUAAGAAGGGGGUGAAGGUGAACUGGCGUCAGAAGAACGGCACCACCGCACUCAUGCACGCAGCGGAGAAGAACUUCCUGUCGACUGUGGCCAUCCUCUUGGAGGCGGGGGCGCAUGUGAACGCCCAGACACUCGGGGGGGAGACUGCCCUCAUGAAGGCCUGUAAGCGGGGCAAUGGCGACGUGGUGCGUCUCCUGCUGGAGUAUGGGGCAGACUGCAGCAUCUUGUCCAAACACCAGAACAACGCCCUGCACUUCGCCAAGCUCAGCAACAACAUGGCCGUCUACGACCACGUGAAGGAGCACACGAACACGUUGUGGAGCGUUGCGGAGGAGACGAUCCGGGCGUACUUCGAGACCAGGCUGGCCCUGCUGGAGCCCGUGUUUCCCCUGGCCUGCCACAGACUGUGCGAGGGCCCCGACUUCAGCCUGGACUUCAACUACAAACCCCCAUCACACUGUCCCGCCGAGGGAUCCGGGAUCCUCCUCUUUGUGUUCCACGCAAACUUCCUGAACGAGAUCACAGCCCGGUUAUGUGGCCCCUGCAGUGUCCAUGCUGUGGUUCUCAACGACAAGUUCCAGCUGCCCAUCUUUCUGGACAGCCACUUCAUCUACUCCUUCAGUCCGGUGCAGGGUCAGAACAAGCUCUUCAUACGACUGGCAGAGUCACCCACCGCCAAGGUCAAGCUGUUGAUCUGUGCCUACAGAGUGCAGCUGCAGUGAGGCAGCCACCCCUGCAACCUCCACCUCCCACCCCUCCCCCCGGAUCAAAGUCACGUGUCGUCUGACCUAUCGCGGCCCCAGGGCUGAACACUCCCCACCACACCCAAAUAUGGCGCAGGCCACACCUCAAAGUUAACGCUGCCAAAGAAGAUGGAUAUGCAUCACGGCGGUGAUGUGGUUUUUUUUAUUUUACGUUUUGCUUUUCAUGUGAGCGUGUUUCCAGUGGAAGAAUGUGUUUGGUAUUGAUUGUGCAUAUUGAAGUGCUGUGACACUUCAAAACAUGUUAUGUCGCAAAAUGUUAUUAAGAACUAAUGUUAUUAUGUUAUUAUUGGAACUGAUGAGUUGUGAGAUGCACCUACUCCCCUGCAAGCAGACAGGCGGACAGGAGCUUUGGUCCUGGUAUCCCAUGGUGCUCGUGACUAAGCACACCGGUUGGUCGGGGUAUAGAAGGGGCAGUACCAGCUCGGUGGGUUUCCUGUCCGUAAGCACUACGAAAGCAUGCAGAGGAAGUGCUGUUCCGGGUGUAAUGAGAUUCACUGGGAUUUUCCAGCGUUGUCGCAACUAACCUGCUUGAAACUCUAAUAAUUUAUUAGCAAAGUCUAGGUCAAGAAGCUACUCUGAUGAAAACACAAACAUGACAGUUAGUGAAGUUUGUAUAAAAAAACAAAAAAAUGGUUUAACACAAGAUCUGUUGUACAGGGUAUCUCCUCAUGCAUAUUCAUGAAGCAAGUUUGACAUUGUGCGAAGUUACUUUGGUGAAUGGAAUAACUUAUGACAGAAUUAAUUCUGCCACUUUUUUAUCUGCCCAACAAGCUGAAUAGCUAGCUAGCUAGCUAGCCUUUUGAGGGAGCUUUCCAGACCAGUGUCCUAGUGAACAUCCAGAUGCUGCUUGUUUGUUUGUUUUUUUUUUUUCGUUUUAUUUUGCAUAUUAAUUUCGUUUGGUCACUGAGCAUGUUCAGUGACUAUUCAGAUGUAGGCUGUCUAAAACCUGCCGCUGCUGCUCUCUAUUGACAAGCAGGCUAGCAUGUCCAUCUUACCUCUGCCUGUGGCAGGACAGAGGAUGGGGAGGAAGAGGAACACAAGAGGAGCGGGGCUUUGUUUUUAAGCUUUGGAGGCCAGUCGUGUGGAUUCUCAAAACGUAACGUUUUUUAAUUUUUUUUUAAUUAACUUUGCUGUCCCAUUUAAACUUCUUCCUUCCUGUGCCCGGCAGGCUGGGGAGGGUGAUGAGUGAGGGCUGACAUGACUGCACCCCCUCAUGGUGGAGGGGGGAAUUACUGGACCAAGCCUUUGCUUUGCCCUGAGGUCACCCACACGCUUUCUUUUAUUAUAUGUUAGGAUGGAACUCCUUGGUCAAGACCUUGUUUGUUAGUUUUAGUUUAUUUUAGUUGUAUUUAAUUUUUAAUUUAAUUGACACUUUUGAGUUCCAUUUUGUUUUGCUUGUUUGGUUUGUUUAUUAGUUUUUGUCUGUUGAUGUGCCGUUUCUAUGGUUCUAUGGUUCACUAGUUUGUGAUUAGCUCAUUUGGCUGGACGCAGUUUCUAUGGAAACUGCACACCUUUUAAUGUGGCUGACCACAUGCCCAAUGCCCAAUCACAGCGCACCUGGGGUGGGCGGGAGGUCCUCAUAAGGGCUAAUUGGGUGUUGUCCUGUGUUCAGUUGGGCGGAAUCGAACUGUGUGCCCCUGAUCCAAUCAGGGAGACCGCUGAAGGACUGUAAUGAGGGUGUACAUGCUGUACAUUUCUAUGGCAACACGUAACCUUUUGCUUUAUCGAGGAUGGCAAAAGAGUAAAUAAAAAUAUAUAUAGAGGUGUAUUUAAAAAAUCAAAAAUAAAGAGUUUUAGUUUUUUCCAAAUAAUGUAAGAUAUGAUAUAAAAAACAUAUUACCAAUACGUUGUCGCAUUAUUUCUUUGCAUUAAAUAUUGCCACAAUCUUUAAACAAAA